AUGACACAUUGCCGCUCUGCUUCAACAAAAUCUUCCACCCCAACAGAAGCAAGCAAGACAAUCCUCGCCGGCGCGCCAGACAUUACCAACCACUACACAAUCUUCCCUCGAACACUACCAGCAGGCCCACCACCGGGCUCCCCAUUCACCAUCUCAACUAACGAUCUCCGCCGCGAAUUCCUUCAACUACAAGGCCUCGUCCACCCAGACAAAUACCCCAACGGAACAGAGAAGCAGCAAGCCGAGGCUCUCUCAGCACGAAUCAACGAAGCGUACCGGACACUUCUGGAUCCGCUGCAGCGUGCACAGUAUAUUCUUCGGGAAUGGCACGGGAUCGACGUGACAGCGGAAGAUGCGUCGACUAAGCAUGCGCUUGAUGCGGAGACGCUGAUGGAGGUCAUGGAGGUGCAGGAGACCAUUGAGGAAGUUGGGGGGUCUGCUGACGCGGAGGCGCAGAUCGAUGCGCUGAAGAAGGAGAAUGAGGGGAGGGUUGAUAGAUGUGUGGAGAGUCUUGGGGAGGCGCUUGAGAAAGGGGAUUUGGAGGCUGCGAGGAUGGAAUGUAUUCGGUUGCGAUUUUGGUACAGUGUUGGAGAAGGGCUGAGGGAGUGGGAGCCUGGGAAUACCGAGAUUCGGUUGAUGCAUACUAGUUGA